CAGAAUGCCCCACUACCUCGCCCGCAAUGCUUUUGGCUUUCAGUUUGUUGGGUCAGUAAUGCGGAUACGGUGUGAUAACGGUGGUGGGAGGAAACCCUCUACGAGCUUCUCCUGUGGGAGGGAAACUGACACCGAGACCCCGAAAUACCUCACCGUGAGGAACUGCUGGGCGUGACGUCAUCAGGAGCGCGACAACCCUGGGAACAGCAUGGCUGGGACGUGGACAGCGGAUGAAAUCGCAGCGCUGUGCUACGACCAUUACCGGACCAAGUUACCCAAGCAAGGCCAGCCGGACCCGAGCAGAGAAUGGACGCUGCUGGCGGCUGUCGUACAAGUGGACGCUGCACAGGGGGCGCCCUGCACCAAGAAAGUUGUGGCUUUGGGAACCGGGACUAAAUGUAUCGGCCAAUCGAGACUGAGCAAAACAGGUGAUAUUCUUCAGGACAGCCAUGCAGAGAUAAUUGCGAAGCGGAGUUUUCAGAGGUACCUCCUCCACCAGCUCUCCCUGGCAUUGACCGAGACCCAAGACUGCGUCCUCCUUCCUGGAAGUGAAAGCCGAAAGUGGAGCGUGAGAGCCGGAGUCUCCUUCGUCUUUUUCACCAGCCACACACCUUGUGGUGACGCUUCAAUAAUCCCCAUGAGUGCCCCAGAAGACCAGCUGUGCCCCACUUCCACUGUGCGGGAGAAGACCUCACCCCUCACCAACCCUUCGGAUUCUGGGUGUAAGAGGAAGAGAGGGCACUGCGAUCCUUCCUCGGGCACCAAGAAAGUGAAGCAAGAUGGAGACGAGUCACAUGACCAGGAAGACGGUCACACAGCAGAUGGCGAUGAGUCACAUGACCAGGAAGACGGUCGCACAGCAGAUGGCGGUGCCACGCCGCCAUCGCCGGAUAUCUACAGGACGGGAGCCAAGUGUGUGCCCGGGGAUGCCCAGGAUAGUCGCAACCCUGGCAUGGACUAUCACACAGUGGGGGCGCUCCGCGUCAAACCAGGCCGCGGCGACCGCACUCUGUCCAUGUCCUGCAGCGAUAAGAUGGCGCGAUGGAACGUGCUCGGCUGCCAGGGGGCGCUGCUUAUGCACUUUCUGCAACGACCAAUCUACUUUGCGUCCCUUGUGGUCGGAAAGUGUCCGUUUAGCUCGGAGUCUAUGGAGAGGGCUCUGAACCGCAGGUGCGCCAAGGUGACGUCCCUCCCCGAAGGAUUCGCAGCGCAUGCGGUGGAGGUCAGGCAAUCGCAGCUACAGUUCCACCAUGGGAGGGAGGCGCUGAGAAAUGGAGACCACACAAGAAAACUGGUUCCUUGUGGGGCAGCUAUCGGCUGGAGCGCAGUUCCACAACGGCCUGUAGAUGUCACUGCUAACGGCUACAGACAAGGAACCACCAAGAAGGCUAUUGGGACCCCGCAGUCCAGAUCUCGGAUCUGUAAAGCUGAGCAAUUUCAUGUAUUCCGGGAUCUGGUGGAAGAUCUGUCAGAGGAUCGACUUCCAGAGUCACUCAGGUCUCGGGAAUUAAAUACGUAUCGGGAUUAUAAGGAAGCCGCUGCGUCUUACCAGGAAGCCUGGAAGCAAUUACGAGAAGAGGCCUUCACAUCCUGGAUCCAGACUCCUCGUGAUUACCUGAACUUCAGCUGAACAUCAGACCUUGAGCGCCGCGCACAUCGGAAUCGCUCCUGUCCGCUGCCCCCCGGCAUGGAAACUCUCCAUUCACAUGCAACCAGCGGAUCCGAGAAAUUAGAAUCUACGAGGAACAAAGUCUUUCCUACAACAAUGGAAUUUUUAAAAAAUGUUUGUUUUGUUGGAACGGCUUUCAAUAAACAAAGA